AUGGCAAAGAAAUUUAAGGAUAAAUUAGAUGAGCUUUGCAAUUGGAGAAAAAUACCUUUUGCUAUUGAACUUCAAGAGGCUGGAAUUGAACUCAACAAGGCAAAUAAUUUUAAGGAAAUAUAUGAUCAAAAUAGGAAUGGAGACCAUAAGUCAAAACAGUGUGAAAAAGGGACACAAAUGGAUGGAGUCAAAUUAAAGACAGUAGACAAAUUUAAGCAUCUAUUUUGUCUGGACAAGAUUGAGAACUGGAAGUCAAUACCUUACGGUAAAGAGCUUCGUGAGGCUGGAGUCAAAUUCCACAAGGCAAAGAAAUUUAAGCAUCUACAUGCUCUUAGAGAGAUUGAUGACUUGAACAUACAUAGUGCCACAGAGCUUGAAGAGGCUGGAAUCAAAUUCAAGAAGGUAGAGAAAUCUAACUUGAUUUCCAUAAAGUUCAACAAUGGGCUAAUGGAGAUUUCACCUUUGAGCAUACAUGAUCAUACAGAAACUUAUUUACGAAAUCUAAUUGCAUAUGAGCAAUACUGUGAUCGACAAAAUGGUUUGAAUUAUGUAUACAACUAUGUGCGCUUCAUGGACCAUCUCAUUAACUCUCCAAAGUAUGUUGAAUUACUCCGUCGAAAAGGAAUUAUCAUUAAUCGUUUGGGUGAUGAUGAAAGUAUUUCCUCGAUGGUUAACAAGCUUGGUCACUAUGUCAGGUUUUUGACCAACAUUUAUGCUAGAACUUUCAAGAAUCUAAACAUUCAUUGCAAGAGACGUAGGAAUGUAUGGAUGGCAAAAUUAAGGCGUGAUUAUUUCAGCAGUCCUUGGGCAUUGCUUUCAUUUUUGGCGGCUGUCUUAUUGCUUGCGCUUGCAAUUGCACAAACCAUAUUUUCCAUUAUUCAUUAG